CUUUUACGUUGCACCUAACGGCACGAGCACGGCGUCCGGACGAAAUCAUGAAAAUAAUAAUCGAAAUAAGCCGCGACGGCGCCCCACUGGGCAGUUCGUUCCUUCCGACUACCACGCCGACCCGCCCAGCACCAAGACGGCUGGAGGACCGCAACGUCAAGAGCCUCCUCUACUCAUAACUCGGAAGCGCCGGCGCGCGACCACGACGUACAGGUUCAAGUACAUGUUGUUUUGGGAGCUAAUGAUGAGUGCCGCGAAUUUCCUGGGCUGGUACACUGGCGUGACCAGUCUCGCGCGCGUGGAACACCACCUGUUGCACGAGCGGCCGUACUGGAAUCGCACGCAGGGGCGGGACCACAUCUUCGUGCAGGCUUCCUCCGGCUGGCUCACGUCCAUUUUGGACAAAAAUUCGAUCGUGCUCGGGGUGGAGGGGCGGCCGAUCAAGUCGUUGCAGAUGGACGGCGUGUUUCCGAGUCUCGACGGCGCGCCGGCGCGAGCCAUUUUGAAUUACAAGCGCCAGCUUUUAAAACUGCCCCUGGUAGAGGUGUCGGAGAGCGAUCGGGAACUGUUGAGGAAAACCACUGGUGCUGCCGCUUCUAGAAGUAGUACAACGGUCGCGGCGGAAAACAGCAAUGAAUUGACGAGGACAGCAGGAGAGGAGGUGGUCGAGGUAGUGGAUGUUGCCCCUGUCGAAAAUCCUGCUCUCGAUAGCAAGCGGAAGAAGCGGCAGCAAACGCACUGCCCGCUGGGAGAGUGCCACCAGCCGAACAACGCGCGCCACAUGAUUCUGCCGUCGGUCGUGGACCAGGCGAAGGCGACGCUGCUGCUCGCCAACUGGCCGCUGGAGUUCAGCACGGAGGAGUACGCGUCCGCCAUGUCUGCGGUUGGGCCGUCUUCUUUGUCCAGCGCGCUUGCUCCGUCCUCGUCGUUUAGCGCGAAGAGAAAGAAGAGUGUACAGAGAAGUGUACAAGUAGGACAACCUCCAGCCACGAUAACGAUCUCGCAUGGUGUUUCUGAGAUGCCGAGUGCAGCGUUUCUGAGAUCCUGGGAACGGAACCGGACGAUGCUGGCGUGCUUCCACGGGCACAUGGCACACAUCGGACGUCACAUCGACGGGGACUUUGUGAACAACGCGUACGUCGGCGUGAACGAGACUGUGCGCCGCACCCUGAAGCUGCAGUUGGGGCAUCAUGGCGGUACCAGCAUCGGCGGACCGGUGCCGUUCGAGCAGUACGUCAAGCGAAUCGGAAAGUGCAAAUAUUGCCUCUGCCCGAAGGGACUCACGAGCUACACUUCAAGGUUGUAUGAGUCUUUCUUCACUGGUUGUUUGCCGGUCAUCAUGAGCGACGACCUGGAAGCGCCGUUCGAGGGUGAGAAAAUCAGCUGGAAUCGCGCGGCGUUGCGCAUUUCGCAUUUCACCGAGCCGCAUGACCUGCUCGCCCGCCUCACGGGCCACCGACUCGAGCGGCCGCCAUCUCCAUCUUCUCUCGACGCCAUCGGAAACCGCAGCGUCGUGCCUGGCGACGACGAUUCGCAAAACCAGAAACAGCGCGAACGGGAUCAGGAGCAGACUUCGUACCGCGGGAUUUUCAGCGAGGAACAGAUGGCCCGUCGAGCUGUGGGAAAGUGGAAUGUGGAGCCGCUCCCUCCGUGGCAGAGCGUCUUGAAAAGCGGGGCCGACUCCGCCUGCUGGAUGGACUACGUGGGCGUGCUGGGUAUCCCGCCGACGGUCUGCAGCCCUUACAGGGCGGUGAUUGAUCGUCUCCGACUGCUCAAGUGGAACGGUCAGGCAGCAAGAGUAGAGUGAGCGCACGUGAACUGCGGUCGAGACGGCCUGCCCGACCCCGCGCCUGGCCGAGCGCACAACGCACAGCAACAGGGUCGGGA